AUGGAUAGUUUGAGAAGGGAAGUAUCCAAGUCUGAUUCAGAUUUCAAGACGAGUAAAGAGUGGGGAGAGGCAGGUACCGUGAUUGUGGAUAGGAAGAUGGCUAAAUUGAGUGCAUUAAUUAAGAAAGAGAAAAUGCAAUUGCAAUCAAAAAAAGAGAACUCGAAUAAAGAUGUCGUCGAUGAAGAUUAUGUUAAUCAUCAUAUCGAAAAUGAUAGUACUCCUCAAUAUAGCGAUUUGGAGAAAAGAAUUAAAGAGAAAGAACUGAAGUUGGAGUAUUAUAACGUACUUAAAGAAAUGUUUAAAGAUAAACCUUCUAUAGACGUCAGUAAGUAUCUUAAUCCAACUAUGAAAAUGCAGGAUGAGAAGAAGAAAAACAACAAUGAUAAUAAUAAUAACAAUAAUAGUAAUAGUAAUAGUAAUAGUAAUAACUCCAAGAAAAAUGAAAGCGAAAAACCUCCAGAAAACUUCAAUGAUCAAAUUAAAUUGAUUUUUCUGUCUUUAAUGGUUUUGUUUGCUCUAGAGGCAUUUAUUCCAGGCGAUUCCAUGAGAGAAAUAUCAUGGCAAGAUUUUUACAACGAUUUAUUGUCAAAAGGGUACGUCGAAAAGUUAGUUGUUGUGAAUAAAUCAUUGGUUAGAGUUGUAUUAAACGAUAACGGUAAAGCACAAGCGACGGUUGAUUCUGGAAAAGACAUAUUUUACUAUUUUAACAUUGGUGAUAUUGAAGUUUUUGAACACAAACUGAAAACAGCUUAUGAAGAAUUAAACAUUCAAAAUCAACUUGAACUUCCUGUAAUCUAUGUUCAAGAGGGAAAUUGGGGGAAAUCACUAUAUCAAAUACUACCAACUGCCUUAAUGAUUGUAGGUAUUAUUUGGUUAACACGUAAAUCAGCACAAUCUGCUGCUGGUGGUAAAAAUGGAAUAUUUGGUAUCAGUCGUUCAAAAGCUAAGAUGUUUAAUUCGGAUACUAAUGUUAAAGUCAAAUUUAACGCUGUGGCUGGUUGCGAUGAAGCAAAGGAAGAAAUUAUGGAAUUUGUUAGCUUUUUAAAAGAACCUUCUCGUUAUGAAAGAAUGGGUGCAAAGAUUCCUAGAGGUGCUAUUUUAUCAGGCCCACCGGGUACAGGUAAGACACUGCUAGCCAAAGCUACUGCUGGUGAGGCAGGUGUUCCAUUUUACUUUGUUUCCGGUUCUGAAUUUGUUGAAAUGUUUGUAGGGGUUGGUGCAGCUAGAGUUCGUGAUUUGUUCAAAACCGCUAAAGAAAAUGCACCAUCGAUUGUAUUCGUUGAUGAAAUUGACGCUAUUGGCAAAGCCAGACAGAAAGGUAACUUUUCUGGUGCAAAUGAUGAAAGAGAAAACACUUUAAAUCAGCUAUUGGUUGAAAUGGAUGGUUUCACUUCAUCUGACCAUGUUGUCGUUUUGGCCGGUACUAACAGACCAGAUAUCUUAGAUAAAGCGUUAUUGAGACCUGGCAGAUUCGAUAGACAUAUAAACAUUGAUAAACCUGAAUUGUCGGGAAGAAAAGCAAUAUUUGAUGUCCAUUUAAAGAAAAUCAAGAUUUCAGAUGAUAUUUAUGAUUUGAAAAAUAGAUUAGCAGUUCUAACUCCUGGGUUUUCUGGUGCGGAUAUAGCAAAUGUUUGUAAUGAAGCAGCUUUGAUUGCUGCAAGAGAUGACUCCCAUUUCGUGGCAUUAAAUCAUUUUGAACAAGCCGUUGAGAGAGUUAUUGGUGGUGUUGAAAGAAAAUCCAAAGUAUUAUCUCCAGAAGAGAAGAAAACUGUAGCAUAUCAUGAAGCAGGACAUGCUGUGUGCGGAUGGUUUUUACAAUUUGCUGAUCCACUUUUGAAAGUCAGUAUUAUCCCAAGAGGUCAAGGAGCGUUAGGUUAUGCUCAAUAUUUACCAGGAGAUUUAUAUUUAUUAAGCGAGCAACAAUUAAUGGAUAGGAUCACGAUGGCUUUAGGAGGUAGGGUUUCAGAAGAGCUCCACUUCAAAUCAGUGACAAGUGGUGCCAGCGAUGAUUUUAAAAAAAUUACUCAAAUGGCAACCUCAAUGGUGACCCAACUAGGUAUGAGCAAGAAGAUUGGAUGGAUUAAUUUCCAAAAAAGAAACGAAAACGAUUUGACGAAACCUUACAGCGAAGAUACAGCAAAAAUUGUUGACGGUGAAGUGUAUCGCAUAAUUCAAGAAAGUCAUGCUAGAUGUAAGAAACUAUUGCAAGAUCACGCCGAAGGCGUUGAGAAAGUCGCACAACUAUUAUUGAAGAAAGAAGUUUUAACCAGAGAAGACAUGAUAAUGUUGUUGGGUAAAAGACCGUUCCCUGAAAGAAACGAUGCUUUCGACAAAUAUUUGAACGAGAGGGACAACAACCCCGAAGAAGCCAGAAUUUAG